UGACCGAUAGAUUUCUCCUCACAAAUGCUGUAGAUUUGUAUGGAAGUCAUCUCAGACUCCCAGCGGCCAGCAGCCCAGCAGUCGGAAAAAAAAUACUAGAACAGAUUUCUCUCUCUCUCUCUCUCUCUCUCUCUUUACCCAGUGCUUGGAAACCUGAAUCGUAAUCGAAAUUGAAGUCUUAAUCGAAGAAUGGAGAGAGGAGGGAGAAAGAAGACGCACGCUUGGGUAAUGGUAGGGCUUCUACUGCUGAGCUUCUUCGCGGGCGACGUCUCGGCUCUCUCCGUGACCGUAAACGACGUCGAAUGCGUCUCCGAGUUCGUGUUCUAUGAGGGCGACUCCGUCUCCGGAAACUUCGUCGUCGUCGAUCACGACAUCUUCUGGAGCUCCGACCACCCCGGCAUCGACUUCAUCGUGUCGUCUCCUGCAGGUAACGUGGUGCACUCGGUGAAGGGGACAUCCGGUGACAAGUUUGAGUUUAGGGCCCCAAGUAGCGGAAUGUACAAAUUUUGUUUCCAUAAUCCUCACUCAACACCAGAGACUGUCUCCUUCUACAUACAUAUCGGCCACAUCCCCAAUGAACAUGACCUCGCCAAAGAUGAGCAUUUGGACCCCAUUAAUGUUAAAAUUGCUGAGCUGAGGGAGGCAUUGGAAUCUGUUACAGCGGAACAGAAGUACUUGAAAGCUCGUGAUGCUCGUCAUCGUCGUACAAAUGAGAGCACUCGGAAGCGUGUUAUAUUUUACACACUGGGAGAGUACAUUUUGCUAGCUAUUGCAAGUGCACUUCAAGUCGUGUAUAUACGCCGCUUGUUCAGCAAGUCAGUCGGAUACAACAGGGUCUGAGGCAUGACAUCAAAAUUACGUUUCUUGCUGUUUUUAUUUCAUAGUCCAGAGAACAAUAUGGAAAAAUUCUGGUCAUUUGUUGAACCAAAGUUUUGCCAGUCUGAGAGUGUCGAAAAACAAUGAUGACUGUUUUUCUCUUCUUGCAAUUUUCAACACACCUGUUUACUGA